UAUGCUGACUAACUCUAGAUGUCUUCUGUUUGGAAAACCUACGUGUCGUCUGUGAGAGCAUCUCUCAUUCUCAAAUCUCACUCGACCUGAAGUCUCAUUUGGUGUUGAGCUGUUGAUCAUGUCAUAUGCGUUGCAUUUUCUGCUUUUCAUCGCCUUGUCAUUUCAAACAUGUGAGGCUAAUUCUCAGGGCUACAAUGAGGAUACCAAGUCUAUAAGAGAGCAAAGUAGCUGUCAACCUCGUGAAAGUUUGGUCAAGGUAUAUGAUGAAUUUCCAGAGCAGAUCCAGUACACCAUUGUGCCUAGAUGUGUACCAGUGAAACGGUGUUUGGGCUGUUGUAUAGAUGAGGCGUCUACAUGCAUGCCUCGAAAAAACAAGACAGUCGAGUUGCAGGUGCUUCGUGUUUACUCUGGCAAAACAACAGAAGUAAUCAUGCUGCCAUUUGUGAUGCACACUAGUUGUAUCUGCAGAGCAAAGAGGAAUCAUUUGAAAAAGACUGACUUCAUUGAAUGAAUAAUGUAUAACGGAAUAAUUUUUAACUUGAAUUUUUGUUACAUUCUAAUUAUUAUUUG